UUAGUGAACACAGAGAGCAAAGAAGUAAAGUGGCUAGACAUGGCAGCUCAAGCUCGUGCACUAGUCGCUGCAAAGUGGCUUGCAGAAGCAAUCAAAAACAACCAAGUGGGACCUCGCUUGCGGAUUCUCGACUCCUCUUGGUAUCUCCCCACACUUAAUCGAAAUGUCAAAGAGGAGUUUAGCCAGAGACACAUACCUGGCGCUUCAUUUUUCGACAUCGACGACUGCUGUGACAAAAGUUCAACCUUUGAUCACAUGCUGCCUUCCGAAAAGGAGUUUGCCGAGUACGUGGGCAAUUUAGGCAUUAGCAAUGACACCCAUGUUGUCGUUUACGAUACCAGUGACUUCGGAGGCUUCGCUGCCCCUCGGGUUUGGUGGAUGUUCAGGUUCUUUGGCCACGAGUCGGUGUCGGUGCUUAACGGGGGAAUGAAAAACUGGAUGAACGAGGGUCACCCCGUUUCAUCAGAGGACUGCAAACCGGAGCGAGCAGAGUUCCGAGCGGCUAUCAACAAGUCAUGGGUGAAGACUUAUGAAGAUGUGCUGGAGAACUUAUCUACCAAGCAGGUCCAGGUCGUGGAUGCAAGAGUUAGUGGAAGAUUUCGGGGCCUCGCACCAGAGCCAAGAGCAAACACGGAGCCAGGCCACAUCCCAGGGACCCUCAACAUGCCGUUCCCUGACUUCAUGGACUCCUCUUCGGGCCUGUAUAAGGAGCCGGCGGUGCUGGCCCAGAUGUUCCGGGAGGCCGGCGUGGACCUCCAGAAGCCCUUCUGGGUCACCUGCGGAUCAGGUGUGACGGCGUGCCACAUUGCGCUGACGGCUCACCUGUGCGGCCACACAGGUCCCUGCCUGUACGACGGCUCCUGGUCCGAGUGGUUCGCCCGCGCCGCACCCGAGCACGUCAUCUCUGAGGGCAAGGGGAAGCAGGCAUGAUGAUGCAGGAGGAGUCUUAAGCACAUCAUGGGUUCUUUCUAAUAUCCUAACAAAGGGCCCUUCUCAAAACCU